AUGGAUCUGCGUGCGACCAAUCUAGCAACGAUUAUUAAUGAUAACCAACUACUCCGUCGGCUACCUUGGAGGAUCGUCGGAUCAGAUGACGAACUCUCUCCAAUCUUGGAACUAUCAAGACAUUUGGAGCCCGGCGUGGAAGAUGUGCGAGAGGAGAACCAUAGAGCUUCCAAAAGAGCCAGGCUCUUGCUAGACGGUUGA